CCUCCUCCGACUCCUUCCUCCACGACGAAAGUUUUAGGUUCAAAGUCUGGGUCCAAAAUUAUUUAAUUCAUAGAAUUUGUUUUAGUCAUAUUUAGUUUAAGUUAGUACCAUAAGCGUCCGAAAUGGCAAAUUCUAAGAUAUUUGGUGCUCUAAAGUUGUUAAGGUGCCGUAAAGAUAUCCAAUUAAUCUACGGUUUACAUAGCAGAAACUAUGCAGCAGCAGCAAAUGCAGUUUAUACCAAACGCAAGAUCGUCAAUGGAGUGUAUGUUGUUACCCUGGACAGCCCCGAUAGUAAGGUUAAUUCACUCAAUGCUGCUGUUAUGGAAGAAGUCAAUGGUAUUGUUAAUGAAGUAGAUUCAAAUCCAGCAAUUGAAGGCGUAGUUAUAAUCUCAGCUAAACCUGGAUGUUUUAUAGCUGGAGCAGAUAUUUCUAUGUUGGAAAGUUGCAAAACAAAAGAAGAAGUUGUUGCACUCUCUAAAAGAGGUCAGGAUAUUUUUAGGCGAAUAGAAUCUUCAAGUAAACCAUAUGUAGCAGCAAUACAAGGUUCUUGCUUAGGUGGUGGUUUGGAAACUGCCUUAGCUUGUCGUUACCGCAUUGCUGUUAAGGACUCAAAGACUGGAUUUGGUUUUCCUGAAGUUAUGUUAGGACUUCUUCCUGGUGCAGGUGGUACUGUGAGAAUGCCUAUAUUAACAUCAAUACCUACAACUUUAGACCUUGCACUUACUGGAAAAACAGUAAAAGCAGAUAAAGCAAAGAAAUUAGGUCUUGUAGACCUGCUAGUGUCACCCCUAGGCCCAGGACUCGGACAGCCUGAAGUAAAUACUGCCAAAUAUUUAGAAAAUGUAGCUAUCCAAUUAACAAAAGAAAUUGUAUCUGGCAAACUGAAAAUUGAUAGAUCCAAAAAAGGAUUAGUUAAUAAAAUUACUGCCUCGAUAAUGCAAUGGGAGUUUGUUAAAAACAUUAUCUUCAAAAAGGCUAAAGAGCAAGUUAUGAAAGCCUCUAGAGGACUAUAUCCAGCACCUUUAAAGAUCCUGGAAGUGGUAAGAACAGGUGUUGAUAAAGGUCCCAAAGCAGGCUAUGAAGCCGAAGCCCAAGCAUUCGGGGAACUGGCUAUGACACCACAGAGCAAAGGACUAUUUGGCCUCUUCAGAGGACAGACCGAGUGUAAGAAAAACAGAUUCGGCAAAGCGCAAGUGGAUGUUAAAACGAUUGGUGUUCUCGGUGCGGGCUUAAUGGGUGCGGGUAUUGUCCAAGUGUCAAUUGAUAAAGGGUACAAUGUUGUUAUGAAAGAUGCCACAAAUGCUGGGCUCUACAGAGGAGUGGGACAAAUACAAACUGGAUUAAAUAAUGCUGUGAAGCGAAAGAGAAUUUCAGCUUUACAGAAAGAUAAAUUCAUUUCAAAUCUGCUGCCAACCUUAGAAUACUCUAAAUUCAAAAAUGUUGACUGUGUUAUCGAAGCUGUGUUUGAAGACAUUAAUAUUAAGCACAAAGUUAUCAAGGAACUUGAGGCAGUAGUACCGAAACAUUGUGUUAUUGCAACAAACACCAGUGCUAUUCCAAUCACCAAAAUUGCAGCUGGCAGUAGUCGACCUGACAAAGUUAUUGGUAUGCACUACUUCUCUCCCGUGGACAAAAUGCAACUGUUGGAGAUAAUCCGUCAUCCUGGCACCAGCGACGACACCGCCGCAGCCGCAGUGGCGGUGGGCCUGAAACAAGGCAAAGUGGUCAUCACAGUAGGAGACGGUCCGGGAUUCUAUACCACGCGCAUCCUAUCCACCAUGCUGAGCGAAGCUGUCAGGUUGCUGCAGGAGGGUGUUGAUCCAAAAGAGCUGGACAACAUGACGAAACAGUUCGGUUUCCCAGUCGGCGCUGCCACUUUGGCCGAUGAAGUCGGUAUCGAUGUGGGCUCCCAUAUUGCUGCGGACUUAGCAAAGGCAUUUGGAGAUCGCAUUGGUGGAGGCGAUCUGAACAUAAUGCAGGAUUUGGUAAAGGCUGGCUUCAUGGGUAGGAAGUCGGGUAAAGGCUUCUACGUUUACGAGAAAGGCACCAAAAACAGGGAUGUAAACCAAGACGUGAUCCAACUCCUUAAAGACAGAUAUUCUUUGGAACCCCGAGGCGCCAACACAGUGGAGGACCAACAAUUAAGAAUGGUGUCUAGAUUCGUUAAUGAAGCAGUAUUAUCAUUGGAGGAGAAAAUUUUACAUAAUCCAUUAGAAGGUGACGUCGGCGCUGUGUUUGGCCUUGGUUUCCCGCCAUUCACUGGUGGACCCUUCAGAUGGGUCGACCAAUUUGGUGCUGAUAAAUUGGUAAAGAAAAUGGAAGAAUUCCACGGUCUUUAUGGAGCGCCUUUUAAACCUGCUCAAACCUUAGUUGAUAUGGCCAAAGACAGCAGCAAAAAAUUUUACAAUAAUUAAAUCAUCUAAAUUUUAUAAAACUUGCUGUGAAUUUAUCACUUGUUUAUGUUUCGUCAAUGUGCGUCCAGAGGUCUAAUAUUUUGAUGAAUUGUAUUGUUGACAGAAACGUUGGGAUUAGAUUGUGUGUACGAAAUGCCUUUGAAUCUAUGCCAUAUCUGAUACAUGUUGAAACAGGUGGAGUUUAUUUUUCAAUCGCGGCUUUUCAUUAAUUCGCACCGUGUUGUAUAGGCGUUCAUUAUUUUUAUUCAUUUAUGUGUACAUACAUCAUAAUAAUUCUAAGUAUGGAGAAAAAAAUAAAACUGUUUUAUGGAAGUGUGAUUGAAUUUUUGGUAAUUAUACAACAUGACAAAACUGUGCCGGAAAAUAAUUAAUUAUUGUGUCCUUAUUUAUAAAUCUGUGUAGCUCUGAGAUUAUGGUUACUAUACGUCAUGAUUGUAUGUUGAACAUUUAAUGUUAAUAAAAGUAUUUAUUCGUUCCUCGUCAUUUUUACUGUUAUGCCCAUGCCUCUGUAAGAAAUGAUUUAUGUUUAUAACGCUUGUAGAUAAAUAUCAAUCAAAGUCAGGUAGGGAAAUUCGAAGGCGCGCCUUGGCCGCACCCGCCCUUUACCCCCAUGCCUGAGGGAAUCCCUCGCUGCCCGGCAUAGUGCCGUGACAGCAGCCCUCUCUUGUAGCUCUGUCCUACAUGAGAGGGCCUGUAAGGGGAACGCCUAGACAGUCCUUCUGCGCGGACUGCUUAACGAAUUCUCCGUUUUGCACCCGUAAGACGUGCGAAAGGCUAGGUGUGAGGUCCGUUCGUUGGUGUGCCCCUUAAGUGCGCCAACGUCUGUUAAUAGAGGUUUCACCUGCAUAAUAAAAAAACGGACAUGUGCUGUUCACACGCGAUAGAAGUGAAACCUAAGGCGUUGAGCAGACGACGGGGCGGGGCGGGCAUUUUGUCUGCGAAGCAAUAAAGACCGCGUCUGUCCGUCGAUGUCUGCGGCUGCCCGCGCCGCGUACACAAAGCACACGACGGGCAGAGGCGGUCAGUACGGGACGUUCGUUCUAGUGAAUAGAAAAGUUCGUGGCGCGGACUGAGCUGACCGCCCCGCGCCGCCGUCUGCGUUACUGCAUAUAAACUGGUUUGUUUGAUCCACGGCGGGCAGCCGCGGACAUGCCGCGCCGCCACUGCCCGCCGGGCACCCAAGGCGCGGUCUUUUUGCCCUCCGUGUGCGUUAUUGAAGUAUAGGAUUCACUUUGUGCUAUUAUUCGCGGCGAAAUUGACCGGCCCGCCCCGACCCGUCGUCUGCAAAGC